UUUUGCCCCAGAUAUCAUCCCUGAGUGCCACUUCUCCCAGGACUCCCAGGCCUGGGCACCCAUUGAGCACAACAGUGGGGCAGCUGAGCCCCAUGUUGUGCUGGGGAUCCCUCUGCAUCCGUGCCCCAAGUCGGAACAGCUCUGCCUGGAACCCAAGUGGAGUUUUCUCCCUGCACGGUGCCCAGCCCUGCUGGUACGCCCCGGCUGCCCCAUCAAUGCGCCUUUGUCUGCCCCGACUGCAGAUCUAUUUAGGGAAAGUGGAGACGGCCUUUGUGUAUCUAUCUGCUGCUGAAGUGAUGUGACGUUCGUGGUGGGCCGGGAGAAGCAGCAGGUGUUUGCACAUCGCUGUGUGCUGGCGUGCCGCUGCCAGGCGUUCCGGGGGAUGCUGACAAGCAACGAGGAUCCCCUCAGCAGUGUCCCAGCCCAGGGACCCUUCAUCCUGGGCAAUGUGCAGCCAGAAGUCUUCCUAGCCGUCAUUGAGUUCCUCUACACUAACAGCGUCACCCUCAACAGCCAUACUGUGCUAGAGGUGCUGACCUCAUCGGUGGAGUACGGCCUGCAGGACCUUUGCAAGCUCUGUGUGGAGUUCAUUAAGGACACGCUGAGUGUGGAGCAGGUCUGCGAGGCCCUGCAGGCUGCAGUGACCUACGGGCAGGCAGAUCUCCAGAAGCACUGCCUGGCGUUCAUUGAGAGCUACACCAUGGCAGUGGUGCAGACACGGGGCUUCCACGAGCUCUCCGACACGGUGCUGGCACGGGUGCUGCGCAGCGACCACCUGGCUGCAGAUGAGCUGGACCUGGUGCAGGCUGUGCGGGAGUGGGCGCAUGUCAGUUCGGCAGUCCUGGGGCGCCCGGUACCUGAGGUGGCCGCUCUGCCUGUGCAGGAGCUGCGCCUGCCCUUGCUGGCACCCAGCGAGCUGGCAACGCUGGAAAGCCAAAAUCAACGUGACCUGCUCAUCCCAGUCGAUAGCAUCGCAGCAGCCUGGCGGUCCCAUGCACUGCGGUGUGGAAGCGGGGUGCCCCCCCACCUCUGUCGGCCCCGGCACGGCACGCGACCCCGCAACCACCACCGCCACCUGGACCCACACAGCAAAUUAGGGGCAGGAUAGGAGGAUCAUGCCCGUGCGGGGCUCCGGGGCAUCCGAAGGAUGGGAUGGGGGCACAGGAUGAGCCCCCAUUCAACCUUAUCCCAUCCAGGUCCCAUCCUUCUCCGAGGCGGUGCUGCCCUCCGCUGGCAGCAGGACUGUGCUACAGGAGCGCACCAGGGCCCCCGCGUGGCAGAGACGAAGAAGGGCCUCAGCGUGGCAUGAGGCAGCUCCCAGACUCAAGCCCAGCACUGCCUGGGCUGCAAAAUCCCCAUCACCACCCCCAUCCUCUUUGCACAGCCCAUUGCACGCACAGCUGUGUAUAUCUCAUCCACCCCCGGAGUUGUGCCCCCCAGGAGACAGGGUCAGACACAGCGGAUAAUUUAUAUAUAAUAUAUAUAUUUACUCUUUAAAAAUAAACCUUCAGUCCCCACUACCGCCUGUACAAACUACAAAAAUAAACCUUUGCUCUCUUUGAU